CACUUCCUCACGUCCGCUGCGGCUCUGCCCCUCGCCUCCCUUCGGUCUCCUCUCCCCGGCGAAGGCAGGAAAGGAGCCAAGCGAAAAAAAGCUGACGCCCACGCGCCCUCGGGAAUCCCCGGCGACGCGUGAUCAGAUUCGAGCCUCCAAUCCCCUCCGCCCCGAGCCCCCCACGCCAAAAUCCACCCGAAGCCGCGCGAAUCUGGCUUGACUCGGGCUCCCGAUCUCGCGCUCGAUCCCAGCCCAUUGGGAGGUCCUCGAGCCUCCCGCCAGAUCUCAGCGCCGCUCGUUCGAUUCGGUGGUGGGAGGCAGGGAAGGGGAGGGAGGGCGGGCGGGAUGAGCGCGCGCAUAAAGGAUAUGGUGCGCGUUGCCAAGGCGCGGCUGGGCGGCGAGCAGGCGAGUGGUGGCGGGGCCUCCUCCUCCUCGGGCUUCGUGCGCCGGGAGUCCACAGCGCGGCUAGGCGGCGGGGGCACCAGCUUCCGGAGGCAGCCGCAGCCGAUGGCGCCCACCGUGCGCACCGUCUACUGCAACGACCGCGAGGCCAACGCGCCCGUCGGGUACAAGGGAAAUUCUGUGUCGACUACAAAGUACAGUAUCCUGACUUUCGUACCUAAAGGACUAUUUGAGCAGUUCAGGCGGGUUGCAAAUCUUUACUUUCUCAUGAUUUCAAUCUUGUCAACUACACCUAUAAGUCCAGUUCAUCCUGUCACUAAUGUGGUUCCCUUAAGUCUUGUGCUACUGGUGUCUCUCAUCAAGGAAGCCUUUGAGGAUUGGAAACGUUUCCAGAAUGAUAUGUCAAUUAACAAUGCACAUGUCGAUAUAUUGCAAGGUCAACGUUGGGAAAGUACUCCAUGGAAAAGACUGCAGGUUGGAGAUAUUGUGAGGAUCAAGCAAGAUGGUUAUUUCCCUGCUGACUUGCUCUUCCUAUCCAGUACAAACCCUGAUGGCGUUUGCUACAUAGAGACAGCAAAUCUUGAUGGGGAAACAAAUUUGAAAAUAAGGAAGGCUUUGGAGAGAACUUGGGACUUCGUUACUCCUGAGAAGGCUUCUGGGUUCAAAGGUGAAGUGCAGUGUGAACAGCCAAACAAUUCACUUUAUACAUUUACCGGAAACCUUAUUGUGGACAAGCAGACUAUACCUCUCUCACCAAACCAGUUACUCCUACGGGGAUGCAGCCUUCGUAAUACAGAAUACAUUGUUGGGGCUGUCAUAUUCACUGGGCAUGAGACAAAAGUUAUGAUGAAUUCUAUGAAUGUCCCCUCCAAAAGAAGUACAUUGGAAAAAAAGCUAGACAAGCUUAUCCUUGCUCUUUUUGCAACCCUGUUCUCAAUGUGCGUUAUUGGUGCCAUUGGAAGUGGUGUGUUUAUUAAUGAAAAGUACUUCUAUCUUGGAUUGCGUGGGAAGGUGGAGGACCAGUUCAAUCCCAAAAACAGAUUCGUGGUGACCAUUUUAACCAUGUUUACUCUACUAACUCUAUACUCGACGAUCAUCCCAAUUUCUCUUUAUGUGUCCAUUGAGAUGAUCAAAUUCAUCCAGUGCACACAAUUCAUUAACAAUGAUCUUCACAUGUACCACGCUGAGAGCGACACCCCCGCUUUGGCACGUACUUCUAAUCUUAAUGAGGAGCUUGGGCAGAUUGAAUAUAUAUUUUCUGACAAAACCGGAACGCUUACAAGAAAUCUGAUGGAAUUCUUUAAAUGCUCAAUUGGUGGAGAAAUGUAUGGAACUGGCAUUACAGAGAUUGAGAAAGGAGGAGCAGAGCGGGCUGGAAUCAAAAUUGACGAUGAUGAGGGUAAAAGAUCAGCCAGUGCAGUUCAUGAGAAAGGAUUUAACUUCGAUGAUGCUAGAAUCAUGUGUGGUGCAUGGAGAAAUGAACCUAAUCCUGAGGCUUGCAAGGAAUUCUUCAGAUGCCUUGCAAUCUGUCAUACAGUUCUUCCAGAGGGUGAGGAGACACCGGAAAAGAUCACUUACCAAGCUGCCUCACCAGAUGAGGCUGCACUUGUUGCUGCUGCUAAGAAUUUUGGUUUCUUCUUUUACAGGCGUACACCAACAACAGUUAUGGUACGUGAAUCACACGUUGAAAGGAUGGGGAGUAUACAAGAUGUUCCAUAUGAAAUUCUAAAUGUUCUGGAAUUCAACAGUACGAGAAAGCGGCAAUCGGUGGUUUGUCGUUUCCCAAAUGGAAGAAUGGUUCUCUAUUGCAAGGGUGCUGAUAAUGUUGUAUAUGAACGAUUGGCUGAUGGAAAUCAUGUUAUGAAAAAGACGAGCAGAGAACAUCUGGAGCAAUUUGGUUCUGCUGGCUUGCGUACACUUUGCCUUGCCUAUCGGGAUCUUAGCAGGGAGCAAUAUGAAAUCUGGAAUGAGAAGUUUGUUCAAGCAAAGUCAUCUUUAAGAGAUCGUGACAAGAAGCUCGAUGAGGUGGCUGAAUUGAUUGAAAAAGACCUUAUAUUGAUAGGCUGCACGGCUAUAGAGGACAAACUACAAGAAGGGGUGCCAACCUGCAUUGAAACUCUCUCUGCAGCUGGCAUAAAGAUUUGGGUGUUAACUGGAGAUAAGAUGGAAACAGCAAUUAACAUUGCAUAUGCAUGCAGCUUGGUAAACAAUGAUACCAAACAGUUCAUCAUUAGUUCAGAGACAGAUGCUAUUAGGGAAGCUGAAGACAGGGGUGACCCUGUGGAAAUUGCGCGUGUUAUCAAAGACUCAGUAAAACAGAGUCUGAAAAGCUUCCAUGAGGAAGCCCGGCAUUCUUUAAUUAGCACCCCUGAAAGGAAAAUGGCUCUCAUUAUUGAUGGUAGAUGCCUAAUGUAUGCACUGGACCCAACUCUUCGUGUGGAUCUUCUUGGAUUGAGUCUAAUUUGCCACUCAGUUGUAUGUUGCCGAGUUUCUCCACUGCAGAAGGCUCAGGUUACAAGCUUAGUUAAGAAGGGUGCUCGAAAAAUAACUCUCAGCAUUGGGGAUGGUGCUAAUGAUGUGAGUAUGAUUCAAGCUGCUCAUGUUGGGAUUGGCAUUAGUGGCCAAGAAGGAAUGCAAGCUGUUAUGGCUAGUGACUUUGCCAUUGCACAGUUUCGCUUUCUUACUGAUUUGCUUCUUGUACACGGGCGGUGGUCUUACUUGAGACUGUGCAAGGUUAUCACAUACUUCUUCUACAAGAAUCUGACAUUUACACUAACUCAGUUCUGGUUCACUUUCCAAACUGGCUUUUCUGGUCAGCGAUUUUAUGAUGACUGGAACCAGUCUCUAUAUAAUGUUAUUUUCACGGCACUACCUGUAAUUAUAGUUGGAUUGUUUGAUAAGGAUGUGAGCGCGUCACUGUCGAAAAGGUACCCUCAGCUUUACAAAGAAGGAAUCAGGAAUUCAUUCUUCAAGUGGAGAGUGAUUGCAGUGUGGGGUUUCUUUGCUUUCUAUCAGUCAAUAGUGUUCUUUUACUUCACCGCAUCUGCGAGCCGGCAUGGUCAGGGUUCAUCUGGCAAGAUUCUUGGCCUAUGGGAUGUUAGCACUAUGGCCUUUUCUUGUGUUGUGGUGACUGUGAACCUCCGCCUUCUCAUGGCAUGCAACUCUAUAACGAGAUGGCAUUAUAUAAGUGUGGCAGGCAGUAUAGUAGCCUGGUUUGUGUUUAUUUUCAUAUACUCUGCGAUAAUGACAUCGUUUGACAGACAGGAAAAUGUGUAUUUUGUGAUUUAUGUUCUGAUGAGCACCUUUUUCUUCUACCUCACACUAUUGCUUGUUCCGAUCAUCGCUCUGUUUGGUGACUUCCUAUAUCUAUCGAUUCAAAGAUGGCUGUUCCCCUAUGACUACCAAAUAAUCCAGGAACAGCACAGGGACGAACCCCACGAGUACAGCAGAGUACAGCUGCCUGAGACCAGCCACCUAAGCCCAGAGGAAGCGAGGAGCUACAUGAUCUCGAUGCUCCCUCGAGAAUCUUCCAAGCACACUGGCUUUGCUUUUGACUCCCCGGGCUACGAGUCGUUCUUCGCCUCGCAGCAAGGCGUUGGCGUGCCACACAAGGCGUGGGACGUGGCCCGGAGAGCAAGCAUGAAGCAGCAACGAGCAGGGAAAUCCUAAUUGCAUGACGACCGUUUUGUGUAAAGUUUUGUACAUCUUGUUUUUGAUCGCAGACCACAGGGGUAUGUAUAGGUAGCCUUGUAGCCCUUUUUCGUGUUCAUCAGUGGUUCACCCAUGUGUGUUGGGAUGAAGAGUAGGCAUUGAUCCAUUUGGUUGUUAAGAAUCACGCAGGGACGUACUUGGUAGACAAACAAAGGUGGUAUUGGAAAUGUAGUUAGCGAAAUUCUUUCUGACGUUCAUGGCAUGUUGCACAUCAUUUCUCAAAUUCAUUGCGUUACCUACU